UCUCCAAAUAUCUCGAAAUAUCUUCCAAAUUUCUCCAUCAAUGAGGAUCAGGAAAUACUGGAAUCCUCCUCCUCCUUAUCUUUCGUCACCCUCACUACCGCUACCACCGCCGGAUCUAGUCUCAUCAACUUCUCAACCACCACGGCCGCCUCAGUGGCCGAGAACCCACAGAUCACGAAACAUGCACCAGAAAAGAAGAAUCAACGUUUCCAUUUGCGCUAAUCAGGUGCAUAUAACUGGAAAAGAAAAUUAGUUUUCUAUUCUUUGUCCUGCUUGCCUUUGAAGCUUUUUUGUUCUUCUUCAAGAUUAGUAGCUGACACAGUAGGUGGUUUUCGAUGCUGUAAAUUAGAAACCAAGCACCGGCGUCGGAGGAGGACGGAGUACUAACAAGGAGAAAAGCUCCAAAGAAAUUAUUGAGGGGUUAAUUUCUUUCGUUAUUCUUUAACAUCAACACCAUAUUUACAGUUUAAUCUUGUCCUUUAUGAAUUUUCUUGUGCUAUUGUGUAGUGUAAAUGAUGGCAAAUGUAGCAACUCCAUUAGUGCAGAAACAUCAGCUGCAAGCUCGGUUUCUUCAUCCUUAUCUCGCCAUGGAUGGUGGUAUGAGGAAGAGAAAAUGUUUCCAUUGAAGAAAAGAAGGAUUAGCUUGGAAAGAUUCACAGCACAAGAGUGUGAGAACAAAAACGAGGAGAUCAAGGAGGUGACCAGUACCAGUAGCUGGAGGUGCAGUAGGGCAAAUGGGGUGGGAUGGAGAUGCAGCAAUCAGAGACGUGAAGGCUAUGCCUUGUGUGAGCAUCACAUCAAUCACUCGAGGAUGAGAGAUCGGAAACGACGUCGGAAUCCUUCAUCAAAUGCAUCCAGAAGGUGUUGGGGAUCGAAGCAGCAGCAGCAGAGUGGUGGAAAAGAUUAUGAGGUUGGCAAGAAGAGAGGGAGAAGGAUGUUGAUGAUAAGCACUAUACUUGACCGCACAGUGCCUUUGCUUGCUACUACCUAGAGAUCGAGCAGAGACACCGGAACAUCUCCAUGUACAUAUGCCUCCUCUUUUCUUUUCUUUCCUUUUCUGUUUUUCUGUUAUUUUCUUGGAUUAACACAGAAGUUUUUUA